AUGGCUGCCCGCCCUCACCCCUUCACCCAAGCCGUGGUCUCGGCAAUGAGGUCACUAUACCCCGAGGAGAUCGCGGACAGGGCCUGGGACAACGUUGGUCUCCUCCUGGAGAACUUUGCCCCAGCUGACCCAGCAUCCGCCCCUUCUCCGCUUGUGCUCCUCACAAACGAUGUGACUCCCAACGUCGUAGAAGAGGCCAUCGCCAAGCGAGCCACAGUCAUCGUCAGCUACCACCCCCCAAUCUUCAGGGGCCUAAAGUCCAUCACCUUGGACGACCCGCAGCAGCGGUUCCUCCUGCGGCUGGUGCAGAACAACAUCGCCGUCUACAGCCCGCACACAGCCGUCGACGCCGCCCCCGGCGGCCUCAACGACUGGCUCGCCGACGCCGUGACCUCGUGGGCCGGCGUGGCCUCGACCCGCGCCCGCUACGUGUCCGUCGCCGCGCCCCGCCCCGCAUCCCAUCGCUACGAGUCCCCGACCGAGCGCGCCGCCCGCCUGGCCGCCGUUAGGGUGGCCUCGGUCGCCGUCUGCGCCGGCUCGGGCGCCGACGUGCUGCAUGGGGCCGACGCGGACGUGGUCGUCACGGGCGAGAUGAGCCACCACGCCGCGCUGCGCCUCACCAUGCUCGGCAGGUACGUCGUCACCGUCUUCCACAGCAACUCGGAGCGCGCCUUCCUGCGCGAGGUGAUGCGCGGGAAGCUGGCCGAGGCUCUGGGCGGGCUGUACGCGGGCCCGCCGGCCGAGGUGGCUGUGAGCGAGGUGGAUGCCGAUCCUUUCGAGAUUUGGGAUGUGGAAACUCUUGUGUGA